AUGAACAAUCCGUCCCGCACCUUGGGCACUCCGAAUUCCAGGCCCAAGAUCAAGGCAUCAAGCGGACUUGCCAUGGUAGAUACCGGACUGCACCCCAUUUUCCAUGCCCCUCCGCAUCGCGGACAUCGAGCACUUCAACUCCAGCGAUCCACUGACCGUCUCCGUCGCGGUGGAAGUGCUCAGAGACGGUGGAGACGAAGCAUACUCUUUGGAGGACUGCUUCUCGUCGCCGUCGUCGCCAAACUCGCUGUUCACAGCCGUAAGGGUCGGGGAGGGGCCGGCGUUGAUGACGAUGUCGGGGGACGAAACGAUUCUUUCUUUGUUCUCUUCGACCGGGUUGAUGCCGCUGUGGCCGGCGGACUCGGGGUGUGGUUGCGGCGCCGGGCUACGCCGGAACUGGAGGAGGAAGCGUAUGGAAAGGAGAAAGGCUCUCGCGUCUGGGCCAUCGCUCUCAUUGCUUGCGGUGGUGGUGGUGGUGUUGGUGGUGUUGGUGGUGUUGGUGGUGUCUUUGCGGUUGUUGUUAUCGUUGCUGCUGCGGAGGAUGAUCUCCGGCGAGGAGGGGUUAAUUUGGGGUAUGUAAAUGACGACAGAGUUUGGAGUGAAAGUGAAAUUGGCUUCAGAGAGUCUGUAUUCCGGCACCUACAGAGGAUGUACUGUAAGCCAUGGUUUCCGGGCAGCUGGGAGAGAGAGAAAAUCAUGUUUGUCAGCCCUCUGGCAGGCUGUACAUACCAAAACUGGAUAAAGCUGGCUGCCAUUUCCUCCCAGGUUCUUCGGCUCUCUCCUUCUCCUUCCCUCCCGGCUACCCAGAAAAGCAGCAACGACAGUAGUAGAAAUGGAGUCAACAGCGAGAAAGAAUCAAACUAUGCGGCGGUGGCAUCGAGCUCUUCUCAAGGUAACCCCGGCGAAGUUAUUAUCAGGUGCUGUGAGGAAUACGUGGGAUGGGCACGCGACCAUUCGAGACCCCAGGAAACGUCAGUGAAUAUCUGUCGAACGGAUAACUGUCGUUUGCCUUUUUAA